GUUUAUAUCAUUUAUCUAUGGUAAAAUAAAAAAAAAACAAAAUAUAAAAUGGCUAUCGUUUUGUUUGCAUUUAAUAUUGUUGUUCAGCGAAUCCUUUAACUAGUGAAAAUACAGUAUUCUAUAAAUGUAAACAAAAUAAACAACACCGUUACGAACUGAAGCAACAAUAUGACUAUGGUAUAUGGUGCCGAAAAGUCUUUAUUAUUGCAAAAUUUAGGAAUAAUAUACGGAUAAUAUUUGCACCACUAUGAGUACUAUUCCAGAGUUUAAGUGUAUAUUUUGUAAAGAAACGUUUCAAAAUAAAGAAGAUUUACAAAUACAUUUCAGAAAACAUGGGGAUCCAAAAUUCAAACAGAAUGUCAAGAGUAAAGUAUCGAAUCAAAGCGAAACGGAAACAUCUAAUGAGAAGCCGAGUGAAGACGGUGAAAUGGUUAGCUGCGAUGUGUGUUCUGAUGUGUUUCCAACAAUUUCAAAAGCGAUAACUCACAAGCAUAAGGUGCAUCCGGAUCACGACGCUAAAUAUUUUUGUCCGUGGUGCGGUAAACUAUUCACUAUGAAGCAUUUAUACAACAAACAUUUGAAGGCAAAUCAUGAAGAUACAGAAGUGUGUACAGGCAAUGAUUUCCAUUGUGAUCCUUGUAAUGUUGAUUUCUAUAUCCCUUCUGCAAUGUUAUACCACAACAAGUUCUUCCAUUGGCAAGACACUGAUAUACCUUCAUUCGGACAAUCAAAGAAAAUAAAAAUGUUUAACCAGGAAGCACUACAUAUAUAUUGCUGUGCAUUUUGUGGAGAGGAAUAUAAUAACAAGGUUAAUUUACAUAAACACAUGAGUGAUGACCAUGGUGAUGAAGAACCAACUCCUGAUGCAUUACGCUGCCCUUUAUGUGAUGCAAUAUUCUAUCAUUUGGAUGCAUAUGAGCUACAUGUAACUUACCACACCACAGAGGAUAUGUACAGUGAAAAAAAUGACAUGGUGGACGAAAUUACUGAAUUUUCACUGGAAAGUGUACCACCAGUAAUAGAAAAAGUAGUGAAUAAUGAUGCUGAGAGUGAAAUAAAUGCGCUAGGAAUAGAAAAUUUUCUUCAAUUAGCAAUGGAUCAACCUGUUGAUGAAGCAAGUUUAGAACAGCCCAGAGGUGAAGAAUACCCAAAAAUUAAAGGGAAGAAACAUAAAAAGCAUAAAAAGUCUAAAAAGUCAGCUAUUACACUUGAUGAAUUUUUAAAUAUGAAUAAAGAUGUAUUUGGAGAAGGCAUAGAUUUUCAAGGAGUUGAGGAAGUUCCAUCACAAGUGGUAGCGAAACGCCUAAAAGUUAAAAAACAACCACAAGUAUUACAUAGUGGAACGAAAACAUCCUCUUUUAAAGACUUAGAAAAACUGAAAAAGCAAGGAAUUGUUGUCAAAAUGAAAUCUGUGAAAAAGCCACAUAAAGUAGGAAUGAAAGUCAUUAAAAACAAAGUUGGAAACCUCUUUGAAGCAGAAGAAUCCAAUAAAGCAAACUCAGUUACUCAAGCUAAGUCAAGUAAAGUAAGUAUGUCUAAUGAUGUUUUAACAAAAUUAAUGAGUCAAAGCAAUAAUGAAAUAAAAAUAGUUAAAAAAUCUACAAAGAAUAAUAUUUCCGAGUCAUCAAGUGAUCAAGCUAUCUUAACUAAACCACAAUCUUCUAAUACAAGUGUACUAGAAAAUGAGCAAGAACUGUCAUCUCCUGAAAAGUCAAUUUACGAAAAUAUAGAAGUUAAAUGUGACGAUAUACCAAGUGGUGUGUCAAUAGAUGCAGAUGAAGACAAAAACAAUGAGGCUCCUUGUAAAAUAUCACAACCCAAAAUGAAUGAAGACAUUGAUGACAAUGUUCAUGCCAAUUAUUAUAAGACUGAUAAAAUAUCGAAUAAUGAAAAUGCACAAACUGUAACUAAUAGUAAUAGUUCAAAAAGUGAUACAAAAUCAGAUAAUAACAUAUUUAAUCAAGAAUUGCACAAGAGCUGUGAAACACAAGAAAAUCCUGAUAAAACGGAAAAAUCAAUGUCACAUCCUCUAAAAUCAUUACCAAAUGUUAGUCAAGAUACAACAAUGAAAUUUGUAGCUCAAUCAGUUUAUAAUGCUAGGGAACAAUCUACUCCUGUACAUGCUAAUUUAAAUAAUGACAAUAAUACUUCAAAAACUGCGCAUGAUGUCAUAAGAGAAAACAGCUCUGAAUUCAUAGAUGAGAAUUCCAAAAUCAGUUCAUUAAAAGCCUUGAAGCAUUUGAGUCAUCUUACAGUUAAGCCAGUUUUACAAACUAAUAUUACUAAACGAACAGAAAUAAAAGAAAAUAAUGUUUGUGUCCCAACAGAAUCACAAAACCAUUUAGAGUAUAAUGAUAGUGAUGAACAUUCAGAAACAGAAACAAUCUUAACAAAAAACUCAGUCCCUAACAAUGAAAAACGUAAAACUGAAGUUAUCAAAUGUUUGGAUGCUAUGAAGAUAUUGAAUAAAAAUAUUACAAUUAAAUCUACAGUUCAAUCCCCAGAAUUAUCUGAACAAAACAAACCAUUUGUUGAUGAAGAUGAGGAAAGUACCAAUAAAAACCUGUGCGCAAAUGUAAACAAAAAUGUAAAAAAUAUGUCUCAAAAUAAAAUUAGUGUUUCAACAAAACUUCAGACAUCAGAGAGAUUGACUAGUUUGAAAACUGCGAGCCCAAUGAGCAGUCCUGAAACAAGUAAAAGAGUACCAAAUACGUCAUCCAAAAUUAAUAUACCACAGUCAGGAAAAGAAGCUAAGUAUUUUUCAGAAGAAAAUACCCAAUCACAGUCAAAUGCGGAUCUUCUAAAAAACUUGACAAAUAUUACAGCAAAGCCAAUAGGUACGCCCGCCAUAAAAAAUGUGCAUCAAAUAAAAACUGAUAAGAUUCUUAGGCAACCUGCACAUAUUGUUAAAAAUAAUCCAAUGGGAAACACUAUUACAAAAGAGCAGACCAAUGAAGAAAUUGAGAUAUUUAAUAUCGAUGAUUCUGAUAGUGAUGAAGAACAACAAACAUAUGGGAAUCCAGCUUCAAAAUCUGCACAAUGUCAAUUGAAUUUGCCAUCUAAUGAAUCAAUUGAUGCAUUAAAGAAUCUAAGCAAACAUAUUACUAUUAAAAAUCAUAAAUACCAACAAGUAACUCGCCAUGGAAGUAAUAGAAGUAGUCCCCAACAUGAUUGUAUUAAUAAAAACUAUGAAUCUGAUGAUGAAAGCAAACCUGAAGAAAAAGUUAAGCAAAAUAAUCUAAAUAAUGUAUUUCAGCAAAAGAAAAAUAAUGUAUUUCUUCAAAACACCUUAAAAAAUUUAAGUAAACAUAUUACAAUAAAAUCUGGCAAUUCUUCCCCUUGUCCAUCAAAUAAAUCUCAAGAUCAAAAUACUCAAGAUACCAGUGAAAAAAAUAUACAUGAUGAUGAUGAUUGUGAUUCCGAUUCCAGUACAAGUAAAGUAAAGAUCACUGAAUUGAAUGACGAUGAUGCGCCACUCGAUGAUGUUGACAACAUAGAUGAUACUAAAGUAAAUGACAACAUCUUAAUUCAAUACCCAGAUGGUACAUUCAGUGAUGGCGAACAAGAUGACCAAUUUAUAGAUAUUGAAAGUAAGUUGGUAACAAACACACUGAAAAAAACUAAUCACGAUAUAAAAUCUGUGAAUGAGAAUACUAACAUUGAAACAUUAAAGAAUAUUAGUAAAAGCGUCACAGUUAAAAAUUUAAAUGAAAAGAAAUCACAAAAACAAGAAUUACCUGUUACUGUAAAAGCAACAACUGUCUUGCCAAAUAAUCUUAGUAAAGAUUUAUCUAUAAAACCUAAGCAAAAUAAUCAGGAGGCUCAAGAUUGGAAUGAUGAAUCAGUGAAUAAAAGAAAUACUAUUAUCAAGCGUCCUAUAAAUCAGUUAAUAAACAGAAACACGUCCAAUCCCGUUAGUGCAAUAAAUAAGGAAGUUACAGUAAAAACAUUUGAAAGUAAAACUGUUAUCCAAGAAAUCACAACAACUGUAACAAAAACAAUAAAAACCAUAAAUCAAACAGUGCAGCAAGAAGUUCAAAGUGCAAACCAAUCGACGUCCACAUCUGCUAUAAGAUCACAAAAAGUUCAAGAGGUAAAACCGUAUCAACAAUUAGGUAAUAAAGGUCACGGAAUUGUUGUACGACAUGCAUCGCCUGUGUGUGGUACAAAAAUUAGAAGUGCCACCACACCAGUCAGACCUAUUGUUGGUACUGCAGUUAGACAUUCUAACCAAUUAGUUCCCGCACGACCAAGGUCAAAUGUAAUCAAAGCUGUUACUCCGAGAAUGUCGCUUGUAAAUAAAAAUGUAAGUUCUAAUUUGGCACAAAGUUCAAGCACUAAAGUGCCAAAUAGAAAUCCUUCAAGUCCUAUGAAAAGAUCUGUAGCACAGGAGACAAGUGGUCCUUUUAGUUGUUUCAAAAAACCGAAAGAGUCACUGAUCCCUGUGUCAGAUAUUCCUGUUUUUAGUGGUGAACAAGAUAAUGGGUCUACAGUACACUAUGCAGCAGCGACACAUGUAAGCAAAACAAUGAAUGUAACCAAGAAUAUUAAAGGUAACACAGUCACAACACAAAUGAAGUCAGAAUUCAGUUCAAACUCACAGCAGCUAAGCAGACUGAGUAAUGUGUGUGGAUUAAAAAUUGUAAAAACUAGUCAAAUUAAAAAAGAAUCUAAUAUUGAACAUAACAAUGAUGCCAGUGCUUCAAAACGGACUACCUUAGAAGCAAUAGAAAAAUUACAAAAACAUGGUGUUUUAGUGAAAAAACCUCGUUUAGAUGAACAGAACAAUGAUAACAAUAGUGUAUAUUCUGAUAAGGAUUGUGAUAACUUUCAAAAACAGGAGACUGAGGAGGACGACUACACAGAUUAGUUUUUUAACAUAUGAUAUUAUUCUAUGAAAAUCACAAGAAUUUGUUAUGUUAUGAAUGUAGCUGGUUAAACUUAUUAUUUGCCACUACGAAAAUAUUGUAUUUUCAUAGUGGCAAUAAUAAGUUUAAUGUGAUUAGAGAAAUGACAAUGAUACGGAAGACAACUAUAUUCUUUGUUCCUGUAAAUAUCUUUUUUGUUACCAUCUAAGAUGUAACCGAAAACAAAUUAUAACAUUAAUACCAUAAAUAUGAAUUUUUAAAAUAUUUUGUGAAUGUAAAAAUUUGAAGCGGACAUUGUUUGGAUGUCUGCUUCAGUUUGUGUGUUUUCUUGCUGUCAUGAGAAGACACCGUUUCCUUAGGUACCCUCUUCGAAUUUAUCUGCCACAAUUUUAUAAACACGCGUCACUGCGUAGUGACCAUACAAUAUCAAAUGAUAAAGCUACACCGCUUAUUCGAAUAUUCGAUGUAGAUAUACAUUAUAGGUAUACCUUAACCAGCGUCAAUAUAAGCGGCUGAAACGUUCCGUACAAUGUUAGGAACCUCCCAUAAUACAAGUACACAUGAAUUAGAGUCUUAGCUUUCAAAAAAAAUAUAUGUAAAUAUGUACAUAUUGUGAACUAUUGAACAGGUUGUGGGGUUUGAUUUACCCUUUUAAAUGCGAGACAUUUAAUAUAUGUAUGGUGACAGUGAACAUGUUUUGGGCGUAUAUUUCCUCUAAAUUGAAUUGUAUUAUUAAAAAUAUAAGAUUAUGAGGAAUCAUUGUAGAUUUCAAUAUAUAAAACAGAAUUGAUAUGCUCAUGCCUAUUUUUGUUUUAAUUUUGAUAUGUAUUUGCUAUAGAUAUUUCAAUUAUUUAUUAUUUGUUUUUCAUUUAUAAUAAUGAACGGUUCAAAAUUUAAAGUCACUAUAUUCUAUCUACUUCUUAUCCAUAAAGUCAUCAACAUAAGUUUUAGCAGCGGGUCUAAAAUAAAGUUCACAUGCGUUUUCAGAUUUUUACAGGUACACAACAACAAUAAACUAAAAAAUGCAUGUGAAUUUUAGGCAGUUGUAUUAAGAGCGAACUUGAAGUCCUUAGAUUGUAAUGUCGAUGAAUCCCUAAAUACAUUCACUGGAGUGAGAAAUGAGGCGUCGUCUCUAUUGAUAUCUUACUAGCUCGUUUUAUUUCUAGCAGGCUUGCAUGCUUAUAUUUGGGCUAGAUUCGUGGAAUGUAUAGUAGCGAAUUUACUGAUUGCAGAGGCCUAACAAUUUAGAUACGAUGUACGGUGAUCCAUAGUGGUGCAUCAUGUCUAUAGUUGACAAUUGCUACUUACCAUUAGGCGACUGCUCAAGAUAUAUUUUUGUCUUUAACACUAGCUACUUAAAUAUUUUGAAAACGUAAAUAUUGAUUCUAGACUAUACUUUCAGUACCUAGUGGUUAUAUGAAUCUAACUUAAUACCACAAUUAUGUUAUAUUAUACUUCACCAAGUUUAUGUAUUAUCGUCUACUUAGCACCAUAAUAAUCUAUAAAACUGUCAGCUUUCCUUACCUCAUAAAAAUGUACCAAUAAGAGUUAGGUUAUUUUUUUUUUUUACACAUUGAGUCUUUUAAAUUUAUUCUGCUUGUAAAAAGCCGUUAAAAUAUUAACGUAAUUGUCUUGAACCCAAAUCUGUGAUGCUUUUGAAAUAUAACUGAGUAAUACGACAAAUCUACCGAAGUUAUUGUACAGUCACAUAAAGUAAUAUUUAAAAAAAUGUUUGUACUGAAUAAUAAAAAAUAAUUUGUAGUAAAAGAUUAAUAAUUUCGUUAAUUGCAAUACCUACUUUUGUAUGUGUUGUAUAUAAUAGACACUACAUGUAAAUAGCUAUAUUUAAGAUUUAUAUUUAUAUAUAUAAGAGACCUAUAUAUAUUUAAAUUGCAAGAAGUUUGCGGAGUUUCAGUUUGUAUGUGAUUAGUAUUUUCUGUUAUAAUUUUGUGGAAUAUUGUUCCUAGAUUUAUAUAAUAAUAAAAUGACAUGUGAAUCUUUAA